UUAUUCCAACAAGACGCUGUAUUGCUGUGGCUGAAACACCUCUGGAGCCGUCAAGGUGCGGUGUCAACGGUCGAACUCGGCUGUUUUUUCAGACCUUCACUACUAACGGCAGGACUCGCUGCUCGUGCCCAAGGUCAUCUACAUCGGAAUGACGCAGUGGCUCUUGUACGUUAGGUAGCCAGUUGAAACCUGGAGGUGGAAGAACUGUACCGCUGCGUUCGAGGGCGUACCCUGGUUGCUGAAGCUGGACCUCUCCGGCAACGAGUUGGAGGAACUGCCACAGCUGUUGCCUGCAAGACUAAAGAACCUCAAUGUCUCCCGCAAUAGGAUGUUUUCUCUCAACGCCAGACUACCUCAGUCACUCAUCACCCUCAACGUUUCCUUCAACAAUCUAGAGACGCUGCCGGAGCCGCUACCUGGCGGCCUGCAGCAGCUGGAUGCGUCGAAUAAUAGGCUGAGGAGGCUACCCCAGAGGCUACCAGCAGGACUGCGGCUGCUCGCCGCCUCCCACAACCUGCUGCUGGAGCUGCCCCAGCACCUGCCUCCAGCGCUACAAGUACUGCAGGUGUCCCACAACAGGUUGCAGACGUUGUGCCCUCAGUUGCUGGUCCCACUGCAGACAUUGAGGCUGCUGGACGCGUCGCACAACAGGCUAUUUGCCGUGGAGGACCUGUGGCUGUCCCACCAGCUGGAGCUGCUCAACGUAUCCCACAACCAGCUUCGGAGGCUCAAUCUUUUGGGGCCGGGAUGUGUGUCCUACAUAGACGCGUCGUACAACGACAUCCAGUCCUGGAAGGUUCGAGGCCACGAGAUCGCCCUGGUGGGGAACCCUAGGGCGGCGCUGGGCCUGGAGUGGUCCGGAGGCUCGUACCCCAGCCCGUCCCUGCUGGUGGACCUGGGGGAGGACCUGCUGCUGGACUGCGACCCCUGCUCCCCGGCCAGCCGCGUCGCCCUGCAGCUGCGCUGCUGGCUGCUCCGCCAGAUGUCCAACGCGUCGGCGGGCGGCCCGCGCGUGGUGCGGCCGCUGCGGCCGGUGUGCUCCGGCCCGUGGACAGCUGCCGGCACGCCGCUGCUGCAGGCGCCCUCUCUGCAGGACUCGCCGCGCUGCCCCGGCUCCGCCCGCCACGUGGCGCAGUUCGCGCUGCUCUGCCUCUCGCUGCUGGCGGUCGUCGCCGUCGUCUGCGCUGUCUGCUACUGCCGCAGGUAUGAGAUAACUUACAUGAUGCACCUGAUGGAGAUGCGUCGUGAGAGAGUGGCCGCCGAGAGGCGUAAUUCAGGCAGCUACAAAUACGACGCUUUCGUCUGCUACAGCAGUGCGGACCGGGAGUGGGUUGUGGACCAACUAGUACCGCACCUGGAGACUGCGGGGGAUUCCCCCGAUGAAGUGGCUCUGCGUCUCUGCCUGCACGAGAGGGACUUCCCGCUGGGAUCCUACAUUGCUGACAACAUUGUCACCUCCAUGAAAACCAGCCGCUCAACAGUCAUUGUCCUGUCUCAAGCUUUCGUCGACAGCCGGUGGUGCCGCUGGGAGCUGGAUCUGGCGUCGCAGAAGGUGCACCACUUGGUGCUGUUGGAGCUGGAACGGCUGGAGCGGCACCAGCUGGAGCGGCACCUGCGCUUCCUGAUGGACACGCGCACCUACCUGACGUGGCCGUCGCAGCCAUCCGCCCAGCACUCCAUGUGGAGGCGGCUGCGAGCCGUCCUCACCGCGCCGGCGGGCUCUCCCGCUGCUGACACAGACACUGACGGUGCAGACGUCGACGACCACACUCCUGACAACGAGCAGCAGCAGCUGCGGAUGGUGGACGCCACUGCCUUCACUGUGUGACUUCGUCCGAGGAAGAGUCGCAUCUAUACUCUUCUUUGCAACAAACAUACUGUACCUUUGAAAUUGAGUGGGACUGCACGUUUUCAGAAUAGCACUCCAUUAAGUGUGGUUGAUACUGAUUACGAUAUGGGUCCUGAUUCGAAACAUCUGGACCGUUCCUCUGAUUUACAUACCUGUGGUUGUAGUCAGUUUUAUGACUCCACGACGUUAGUACAAAUAUUCCUCUUAAUUACCUUGCCACGAAUAGAGGUGACGAUGGAUGAAAAUCUCGUGUUUGGGUUUGAUGAUGAAUUCUUUUUUGGGCGCACAAAACAAGAACAUUAGCACCUAUGCACGUAAUGUAAAUGAUAAGUAUGUUAGAAGCGUUCAGAGGAAUUGUGUGAAAGGAUAGAAUUCAUUAAUAUCAGGCAAGCAAGUGCACAUAUGCGACCUAUUGUCUAAAGUGUUUAAAUAUCUAUUUCUAUUGAACGAAAUAUAACAUGUGUUCUAGAAAACCUAAAUAAAAUAUUACUUGCGAACGCUAAGAAAGAUAUUUUGAAGGGAAAGAAAUUGCUCUUUUACUUAAUACCAACAUCUCAACCACAAUUAAUUUUCAUACAGCCUAUCACAGAUUAGAAUGUAUAUCUUCGAUACUGGGUGGCAUACUUGAGCUUCCAUAAUUGACUGGUUUCAAUUAUAAUUAACCACUUUUGAAAUAUCUGAGACAUCGUAUCUUCACGAAAGUAUUUAUUUACUUAACAUUUGGACAUGUUAGGACAUAAUGUCCAAUAACCAAUCCAGAGAAUAAUUUUUCUGCCAGUUGUUGCAAUAUGAAGUAGCAAAAUAUUCGGUAGCUUCACGGAAACGUAAGCACUAUAAAGCCAAAUGUGUAAAGCCACGUCUUCUUUAAUUAUUUAGAAUCCUCGAGACAGAUGUUUUUUACCUUCCUUGAGAAACUGAGAACUAAAGCAACUGCGUACACAGCAACAUAGUAUACACAGAACUAUCCGCAUGUGCAAAACGAUAUUUCGUACAACAGCAUCCCUCAUACAGUUAACAUGUAACGUAUCUGUCAAAACUCAUAGCCCAAGUAAAUCGUACUG